AUGAGCGCAGGCGCAGGGAAAGCAGAGAUUUCCAUCCAGUGAGUGCCCUGAUUGAGCCGGCGUUUGUCGGGUACGUCGGAAAAUUGAGUUAGCGAACAUUUGACUGACAUUUCUUCCCAGGCCGACGGGAAUGCGGACCAAGACUCCUCCAGAAGGCCUUCUUCACACGGUAACUGCAUCCUCAGCACCUGCUCCCAAACCUAAAGACAUGAACAUCGCCUCGUACGCCCUAUCGGGCACCUACAACCCCGACAAGCCCAUCUUCAUCGACGCCGAGAAGCCGAAUAGAACCAUAUGCAAGAGACGGGCCGAAGAGUUGGUUGCAGGUUUGGCGGGUGUCUUCGAGCCGGGAAGCACAGUCUGCCUCCAUCUCCCGAACGACAUUCUCUACCCAGUCCUAUGUUUGGCGAUAUGGGCCUCGAAGUGCCGAUGGACGGGGACCAAUCCCAAAUACCAGCCACCUGAGCUGGAGCACCACUUUAGAGCAUCGGAUACCAAGUAUGUCGUCACUGGCGUCGAGAAUCUGGCGAACGUGCGCGCCGCUGUCGACCAUAGCGGCACUGGCGCGGAGAUCGUCCUCUUCACCGACAUCCUCCAGCAGCAGCAGCCAUCGGCAGGCCUGAACUGCUUCCGAGAGCAAUUCCACCAGUCCGGGGCAGUUGUCUAUCGUUCUCUCCAUGAUCUGCAACGCCCGAGCUGUGUUGACGAGUUGCACCGGAAGCUGAUGUUCAUCGACUCGGACUCGAUCGCUUCGCUGAUGAGCACCUCGGGCACCACGGGACGGCCGAAAAUGGCGGCUCGAUCACAUCGCGCCAUGGUGGCUGAGAAUCGAGCGACCAUGGACAACCACGAGGCCAAGGACUACGAGGUUCGACGGCUCUACAGCACUCCGAUCUUCCACGCCUUCUCGACCGGCGAGAUGGUCAUCAACAGUCUUCGCCAGGGAGUACCGUCAUACUUCAUGCAUCGAUGCGACCCGUCGUUUCCAAAGAAGAUUGCGGACUUUCAGAUCACGGAAACCUUCGCUCCUCCACCGAUGCUCUUGAGCCUUCUGAACAAUCCGGGAUGCCAUACGUUGCUCCGCUCGCUGCGGGCGAUCUACAGCGGAGGUGCGCCUCUAGCUCCCGAGCUCCACGCUCAAUUCCUGGGCAUAUUCCCCACGCCGCCACCUCGCAUAGUCCAGGUGUGGGGUAUGACAGAAGGCGGCUGGUUCACGACAUUCAAGUUCCCAGAGACGGACGAGACCAACUCCUGUGGGCGUGCAUUGCAGGGACUGGAAGUGAUGAUGAGUGCGGAGGAUCGGAGCAAGCUCGACGACGGCCAGGAAAUUGGUCAGCUGUAUGUUCGCGGACCAGGACUGAUGUCACGGUAUUUUGGAAAUCCCGAAGCAACAGCGGAGACGUUCCGUGGGGAUGGUUGGCUGAGAACCGGUGACGUGGGAUAUGUUCGGGAGGGCAAAGUCUACCUCGUCGACCGGGUCAAGGACCUCAUCAAAGUCAAUGGCUGGCAGGUAUCACCGGCAGAGCUCGAAGACGCCCUGCUGGUCUCAGAGCAUGUGAAGGAUUGCGGAGUGAUUGGCGAGGGGCAGGGGACCGACGAGCAUCCCAAGGCGUUUGUGGUGCUUGCAGACGAGGCGGUCGGCAAGAUUACAUCCGCGAUGAUCAAGGAGCAUCUUCGCAGUCGGCUGGUCAGCUACAAGGUCAGCCGGACCGAAGUCCGCUUCAUCGACACGAUCCCAAAGAGCGCCAGCGGGAAGAUCCUGAGGAACGAGCUGCGACAGUUGUCAGAGCAGCACAACAAAGGGUAA